UGUGCUGUCGAGGCGCCGGUCCCAAAGAUCGGCGAGGCCCUCGCGGCCGUGCCUCAUCAAAAAAUCCGCAAGCGGCAGAGGGUCCUUCCUGAUCGACCAAGAGGUGAGGAAAUUGUGCGAUCAGCAGAAGAGCAAAGGCGCGAGCGGCAAGGUGAUGGCUGAUGACUAGCCAGCCGACUUGCUUGCGACCGCAGCGACACCUCGCUCGCUCGCUCCGUCUUGCUAUGCUUGGCUCCUACGCCUUGCGACUCUUCGCAACGCCGUGGCGACAUUUCCCCUCUGCAAGGCACUUGGGAAGUGAGGUGAAGCACAUCACGAUUCAUGCUCAGCAGUUACGUCGCGCGCGUCACGAAAGCUCUAUUCUAGGCUCACACGGGCGCACGCGCUCGGCGCAACUCCACAACCGAGCUCAAACGACUACUGCUGCACUACUGCCGCUGUGAAGCCCGUUUAGUCCAAUGAUGAUGGGCAGCGGGCUCUCUGCUAGGGAGAACAGAGGACUUGCUGAUGAGGUGCAAAUGCGCUGUGAGCUGCAGCACGCGCAAAGAGCUAGCGACAUCUUUAGCUCGCCGAUUGGAGCGCGCGAAGUGCUGCUGCUGAUGAUUUGUACCGCACAGCCUCCAGCAGCGCAUAGAGGACGUACAGUAGUAGUAGCGUACCGCGCAUGGGAAACUUUCAUUCCGCGCUGCGCGUCCGGUCCAACACUCACGCACGACUCUCAACUUUACGACUUUCUGAUCGUGCCACCGCGCCACGCAUCCACGUUCACAACACGAGAAAUGGCAAUGGCGGAUCGUGCUGCAAGGAAGAUCAGCAAGAGAGCACGCCUUUAGCGAGUAGGGGCUAUGCAAUGGUUCGAAUAAUGGCAUCUACGCAUCCAGAAAGGGGUCGGCUGGGG